AUGCAUGGUGAUGUUGAACCGGGUAAAAUUGCUACUGAAAAGCUUCUUAAUUUGGAUCCAAAUGAUAGCGGUGUUUAUGUGCUUAUGGAAAGUUUAUGUACAAGUAGAUGUAAAUGGGAUGAGGUAAAGAAGAUUAGAAGUGUGAUGAGAGGGAAUGGUGUUAAGAAAACACCAGGGUGUAGUUGUGUACAAGUGGAGGGUGUGUUUCAUGAGUUCGUGUCUGUUGAUAAAUCACACCCUCAAUCUGAGAAUGUGUAUCAAGUAUUGAGUCAAAUACAUCAUUGUCGAGCUGAGUAUUUGAUACUGGAGAAGGUAGGCGAACUUAAAGUCUACGAGCCACGGAGGUGUAUGAAGAUGACAAGCUAAGGAAAAACAAGAAACAAGUUAAUGAUUGAUGAUUGAGUUACGUGAUCUAGAAGGUAAUGGUGGGAAUUGUGUCAUGGUGGAAGCCUAGGGAAGAAACAUGAAUGUAUUGGGGCUAUAAAGUCAGAUAUGCUCCCAACAUCAGUUCAGUACUUAAACAAUGCCCGUAUAAGGUACUGAAAUGGCUGUUUAACAGUGUGUAUAAAUAGACUCUUAAAGGUUUUUGUUCAAUUGAUUUUUGUUUCUAAGGGUUACCAUGUCAGGUAAAUUGAGGGUUUUCUUUUUAAUUCUGAAGGCUUUUGCUUUCGAGUCAAAUGCAGCCCAUGUUUUGAUUCCAAAAGCUUUUGUUUGUUUUACAUUCUAAGCUAAAGUUGAGGUUUUUGUUUGUUUAUUCAAAUGAGCUUUGUUUUUCUUUCAGUCUCAAAGUGACGUUAAGUAUUAAUGUUUUACAACCAAGUUCAAACUAAUGUUUUAGUGAUUGAUAGCAAAGUUCAAAGUAAUUUAAAUAACUUUUGGAUCUUUGGAUUUAAAAGUAAUUCAAUUCUAUUUUGUGAGGUUGGUAUAUGUUUUGGUAGGAUUUUUCUAUCUUUUCUUGGUUGGGUUUAAAGCGGGAGGCAUGGGUCCUAUAAAGUAAAAAUGACAUGGGAGUGAAAAGAAUAUGGAUUGAUUACCUUUGUAGCUUAAAAGUGUAUGCAUAUUAAUUAGUACAUUGCCAAUGACCAAAGUUGUCAAAAGUGAAAGAGGUGAUUCAGUUUUAUAAGUGUAAUCACGU